GUUACCUAGCAACAAGCCAAAGCAGAAUCCUCAGAGAACUGUCGAGCUAACGUUAGUUAGUGCGUCUAAUUUGCGACGUUUUGACGGAAUUUUACGACAUUUACCGGCUUCAACUCGAUUCAUUGGAACAUUGUCAACAUGGCUAAGACGGUUUAUCCCCAAGAGAGUAUCUACAAUUUUUUACCUGAGCUGGUUCACACUGAAAAGCCAAAGUACAAGUCCAAGUUUAGGCCAGCAAUUCCCCUGGAGGACAAGGUGCCCAAGAAUGCAAUGAAAACUAUGGGCCCAGCAAAGGUGGAGACCCCAUCUCCCGAUAAAUACCUCAAAAAGCAUUCCAAAGAGCCCACAUUGCCUGAAAAAAAAGAGCGUCCUCAUCGCAUGUGCACUGCAAAGAAGCCAAGCGUCCCCUUGAGGUCCGAACAGCCGCCCGUGGGCCUUCACACGGUGAGAAACUCCAUCAAGAUCACAACGGCACCCGUGCGGAUGAAACCGCUGGCAGCUUCUGUUGACACCAACCGAGGCCACAAGGGGCUCCUGGAACAUUCCGGACUGGUCCCCAAGUACGUCAAGAAAAAGGGUUACGGCGAGGUGCCCCAGUACCUGCAGCAUCGCGGCGAGGGAGUGCAAAGAGCUGUGGAAGAGUACAACGACUACAUGAAGGAGCAGAUGGAGCGAGGCGCCAUGAGGCAGCUGUCAGACGAGGAGCGACAGGCCAACCUGGAGAGCCUGAGGAGGACCUUGGCUGAGCUCCAGGACAAGUACCGGCGUCUGCCGGUGGUCGUGGACACGUUGAUGAGGAAGAAUCGCAAGCUGCAACUGGAGGCAGAAAUGAAGCAGCUGGAGAGCGACGUGGGCCUUUUUGAGAGGUUCAAGACCAUUUACAUCGCCAAGUAGCAAAGACCUGCGC